AAAUUAUUAAAAAUAAGGUUAACAUGCACAUUAGUAAAUUUACACAUACAUAUUCGGUAAAUUAACACUAAUAUUUCCUAUUUGGUAAAUAAACUAAUAUUUGGUAAGUUUCGUAUUUUACUUUUUUAAUAGGUUCCUAAUUCACAAUUAAAAAUUAACACUAUUAUAAUUUCGGUAAAUUAACACUAAUCUUUCCUAUUUGGUAAAUAAACUAAUAUUUGGUAAGUUUCUUAUUUAACUUUUUUUAUAGGUUUUAAUUUACAAUUAAAAAUUAACACUAAUCAAAAUCAUGGUUCAAAUUUUUUGAAAUGACAAAGUUUUUUAGGACGGAGGUAGUAUGAAAAUUCAUAAUUGUGUGGAUUUUUUUAUGAUGACUAAGUUUUAAUUUAUCGAAAAAGUGGCAUUGUUUAGCACCGGUAUGUCAUGGUACCGGACCGUUUGAAAAUGGAACCGAACCGAACGAGUUUAGGUCUAAGACCGAACCGAACUGAACCGUUUCAAUAGUAACGAUCCGGGUACGGGUUCGGUAAAAUAUUGGACCGGACCGGACCGCGCCCACCCCUACACCUAACUGCUCCAACUUCUCUUCUUCUCCAAUUCUCGGCCAUAUCUUUCAUUUAACCCAAGUAAGUUUUCCCUUAAUCUUUUUUAGUUUAAUUUAGUUUAUAAUUUAAAAAUGUUACUUAGGAAUGAAAUUAGUCUAUAAUAGUGUUAAUUUUUAAUUGUAAAUUAAAACCUAUAAAAAAAGUUAAAUAAGAAACUUACCAAAUAUUAGUUUAUUUACCAAAUAGGAAAGAUUAGUGUUAAUUUACCGAAAUUAUAAUAGUGUUAAUUUUUAAUUGUGAAUUAGGAACCUAUUAAAAAAGUAAAAUACGAAACUUACCAAAUAUUAGUUUAUUUACCAAAUAGGAAAUAUUAGUGUUAAUUUACCGAAUAUGUAUGUGUAAAUUUACUAAUGUGCAUGUUAACCUUAUUUUUAAUAAUUUGUUCACCAUUGGUUUGUAGAAAUCUUUCCUAUUUCCUAUUUCGGAGAAUUUUAAUUUUGAAAUAGUAGUGUUGUUGUUUAAUUAGGUGUAUUUUUUAUUACAAAUUGUAUUAUAAGUAGUGCUAUUUAAUUAGAUUUAUAAUUUGUAUUAUAGAUAGUGUUGUUUAAUUAAAUUUGUAAUUACGUACGGAGUAUUAGAAAUUGUAUUAUAAUAGUGUUGUUUAAUUACAUUUAUAAUUCGUAUUAGAUAUUAUGAGUGUUGAAUAGAAAUUAAUUUAAUAUAUUAUUAGGUUUUCAUGGCUACACAAAGAGAACACCCUCACCCCGGACCCAUAAAACGUCGCUAAACCGUUCUGUAUUGGUGAUGAGACCCGGAGAACAUCGUGCUGAUCAUUUGUGGAAAACUGAAGAGUUGAGAGACCUAGAACUGAAAUGCAUUACUUUCCCCAAAUACGCCAACGACGAUGGCGAACGUCAUCCUAGAGUCGUACAGCUAUUGAGGGCAUUAUGUAAUCAUACUACAUAUGCAACACUAUGUGAGCGCAUUAUGCAAGAAAUGUCCCGUGAAGGUUUAUAUGAUAUGAGAACCAUUCAUGGAAAAUUUCCCACAUAUAAUUCCGAGGGAAUAUAUGUUGCCUCCAUGCCGUGGCCUAUCCAUGACGACCAGUCAUGGAUCUAUUUUCUACAAUUUGCUCGCAAUCAAUACGAACGAUUGGAGAUAUACAUGAAUGCCGAAAAGAAGCAAAUGGUUGAUUCAUCUCAACAACGCACUUCUAGGCAUCCUCCCAACCAAGGCACUUCCCGGUCAAUUAUUGACAUCAAUGUCCCCCAUGAUGCUUCAGAUAGUGACGAUGAUCCUUAUUAUAACGCUCUUUCCUUUUCUGAACACGAGAGCAGUUCCGAAGACAGUGAUGAUAACCCAAAUGAGAACGAGGACGAGGACGAGGAUGAGGAGGAGUUCGUUGAACCCACAUAUCGUGAUGAACGACCCAUAUAUGUGAGUAGAGUAUAUGAUACAUUCCAAGAGUUCAAGGAAGAUGUGUCCCUUCAAAACCUCAAAGAAUUUCGAACAUUUAUUAUGGCAUUUAUUAAUCCAGGCACCAUCGUCGACCUACGAACAGAUCCAACCAUUACACAAGGUACGCAUGAAUUUAAGUACACAUUUUGGUCAAUCAAAGCAUCGAUUGAUGGUUUCAAUCACCG